AUGCCCAGACGUAAGAGAGGAGGAGAUUUGGCCAGUUCUGCAGCGAAACGGCGAAAAAAAAAAGAAUCUCGAAGAAAUGAAACGGAAGAAGAGCACGAAGCACGUUUACAGAAUCAACGGACCAGAAUGAGGCAAAUUUAUCACAAAAUAGGAUCGUUACUGCCAAUGUCUAACGAAGACCAUAAAUUUCUACAAGUAUAUUUCAUCGGAAAUGAAGAACAAGAAAUUGAUCAACGAUGCACAAAUUUUAAUGGACUGAGACGCGAAAUAAUCCAAGAUGUACAGAGGAUCUUACACAAGUAUAAUCAACUGAUUUAUAUAUUCAAAACAACAUUAGACCGCAUGAUUUCUGAUGACUAUAAAAUUGUAAUUCGAGCCGAUAAAAGACCACGUGGAGAACACGAACGCAGAUUUAAUGCACCUCAGGUAGAUGAAGUCGCCAUUGUAGUUGUGGAUAAUGAAAAUACAAGCCGUGACAUAAUUGUACAUCGAAGAAGAAAAGGACUACAACGCAUUGCAGAGACACACCGUUCAUAUGAUGCUCUUCAAUAUCCGUUAAUAUUUCUGCACGGAGAGGACGGAUACCAAACAAAGCGCAAGGACAAACUUUAA